GGGCGGUGAGCACAGCGCCAACACGCUAGCACCCCAGCCCCGGCGUGCUGCCCCUGUUGCCGCCCGCCAUGGCCCGUGCUGCCCGCCUCCUCGCCGCGCUGGCCACGCUCCUCGCAGCCGCCGCUACAGGCGGAGACGCCCGGCCCAGUAAAAUCGCCGUGGUUGGAGCUGGAAUUGGGGGCUCUGCGGUGACCCAUUUCCUCCAGCAGCAUUUUGGCGCCCGAGUGCAGAUCGACGUGUUUGAGAAGGGGACGGUGGGCGGCCGCUUGGCCACCAUCUCGGUCAACAAGCAGCACUACGAGAGCGGGGCCGCCUCCUUCCACUCGCUGAGCCUGCACAUGCAGGACUUCGUCAAGCACCUGGGGCUGAAACACCGGCGUGAGGUAGUGGGCAGGAGCGCCAUCUUCGGCGGGGAGAACUUUGUGCUGGAGGAGACUGACUGGUACCUGCUGAACCUCUUCCGCCUCUGGUGGCACUACGGCAUCAGCUUCCUGCGACUGCAGAUGUGGGUGGAGGAGGUCAUGGAGAAGUUCAUGAGGAUCUAUAAGUACCAGGCCCACGGUUACGCCUUCUCGGGCGUGGAGGAGCUGCUCUAUUCGCUGGGGGAGUCCAGCUUCAUCAACAUGACCCAGCGCUCUGUGGCUGAGUCCCUGCUCCAGGUGGGCGUCACACAGCGCUUUAUAGAUGACAUCGUCUCCGCCGUCCUGCGGGCCAGCUACGGCCAGUCAGCAGCGAUGCCUGCCUUUGCUGGAGCCAUGGCACUAGCCGGGGCCCAAGGCACCCUGUGGUCUGUGGAGGGAGGCAACAAGCUGGUUUGUUCUGGUCUGCUCAAGCUGUCCAAGGCCAACGUGAUCCAUGCCACAGUGACCUCUGUGACCCUGCAGCAUACAGAAGGGAAACCCUUGUACCUGGUAGAGUAUGAGAACGAGGUGGGCAUUGGCUUUGACUUCUACGACAUAGUGGUCAUCGCCACCCCCCUGCACCUGGGCAACAGCAGCACCAUCGCCUUCGAAGGCUUCGACCUGCCCCUCGACGUCACCCAGGACUCUUUCCAGCCCACCGUAGUCUCCUUGGUCCAUGGCUACCUCAACUCUUCUUACUUCGGCUUCCCUGACCCUAAGCUUUUCCCCUUCGCCAACAUCCUUACCACAGAUUUCCCCACCUUCUUCUGGGCCCUGGACAAUAUCUGUCCUGUCAACAUCUCGACCAACUUCCGGCGGAAGCAGCCUCAGGAGGCAGCCGUUUGGCGAGUCCAGUCCCCCAAACCCCUCCUUCGGUCUCAGCUGAAGACCCUCUUCCGCUCUUAUUAUUCCGUGCAGACAGCCGAGUGGCAGGCCCACCCCAUCCACGGCUCCCGCACCACCCUCCCUCGGUUUGCACUCCAUGACCAGCUCUUCCACCUCAAUGCCCUGGAGUGGGCGGCCAGCUCUGUGGAGGUCAUGGCUGUAGCCGCCAAGAACGUCGCCCUGCUUGCUUACAACCGCUGGUACCAGGACCUGGACAAAAUUGACCAGAAGGAUCUGAUGCACAAGGUGAAGACUGAACUGUGAGGUCUGGAGCCAGCCUGGGAACAUCCGUCCCCCGCCCCAGGUGGAGCACCGCCUCGGCAGCCGAGGCUGGGCCAGCCACACUCGCCCACCAGGCCCCCUGCUGGCUCCCCCUGCAUCAAGUGUCCUCUCUCCAGCGUGGGUCUGGGCGGCCCGCUCUCUGCCUCUCUGUCUUAAGAAUGCUCAGUUGUUCCAAGGGAGAGAGUAAUAGGGGAAGGAAAUUCAAACCAGUGUAUUCACUUUAUUUAUUUUUUUAAAAGAAGAAAUAAAAAUCCAUCUUCUCAA